AGACUGUGAGAGAGACGCAUGGUGCCUGUGUUACGUGUCUUGGUGCCCCGGACUACUGGUGAGGUUAUAAAAGGACGUGGAGUGAAGAGUGAGGCUAAACUAUACGGCCAGAGGCUGAGGAGGCGAGCCAACAACAUAGUCCAGGGCGAGGAGAGCCGCAAGAAGAUCCACGCCAAGCUGAAGGAAGGAUACGACUGGAGGAAGGAGUAAAGGUGGCGUCCUGCACCCAACACAUCCUACAAUAACAAGGGGUUCAGCAACAGACACAUCCUAGUUACACAAGACAAGGGAUUUACUCAGCACUAAAAAGGGACUUGAGCUUCGGAAGUUUGUGGUCGCCAGCAGGAAACAUUGCAGCAAGCCAGGUUGUCUGUCCCUGCGCUGUUUUUGUCUCGGCUACUCCAAGUUGUUGUUUUUUUCUCUUGGCCUGCAAUGCUUCCCCCGGCCAUGGAAGGUAAGAUUGAGGACACUGUGGACCUGAAUCUGCAGUACCCAAGUGUGAGUGAACGCUACUGGACCAAAUACUACUUCAUACCAAAGGAGAAGAAGAAACCAGGUACCAAUGGGGAGGAGAAGGGAAGCACGAGGGAGGGAGGUGGAGAGACGGAGAAAAUGAUGGAGAAGGGAUGGAGAACGCGAGUUGUGUCCAGCAGGGGAGGGCACGGCAGGACACCCAAGAUGACGUACUCCAGCCUGGACAGCAGCGGCCAUGUGUGUGUGAUGGUGCACACUAACAAACUGUGCCUGGUGACCCUCUCUGCCAGACACCCUGCAUUAGCGCCCGGCCAGGAGAUCACACAGGUGAGCUAUGAAGUGGGCAAGUUUAAUCGCCUAGACAAUCAGGUGUCAGGGAAGGGGAAGCGUGGCGCACAGAUGAUGGGUCCCCAGUCACCUGUGUGCAUCAUUACCUGUGCUGACAGCUCCAGGCAUCUCGUGCUGGCUGGCGUACAUGGCAAGCUUGUGGAGGUCAAUGAGCGACUGCUGGCCAACCCCAAGCUGCUGAGUGAGAGGCCAGAUGCUGAGGGGUACGUGGCUGUCAUCCUUCCACCUAUCAAGAAUGGAGAUGGCCCACUCAGGCGCCUCAUCACCGCCGAACAGUACCAAGAAAUGUACUCCUCAGAUGUCACCUCCUCCCAUCAACUGUAGCUGCUUAGGUUUCUUGGUCAAUGCUUUGUUGGAUUUUUAUUUAUUUUUGUUAUUUAUUUAUUUUUUUUUUCAUGUUCUCAGUGUCCAGGGGGAUUUUUUGAGUCCACUUUGCCUUAUGAUUGCAGUUCAGCCUCUUAGAAUGUGAUUGUUUUUCAUCAUUGUGUAUGGUCAUUGGUUCUCUUAUGAGCCAGCUAUGAUGUUCUAUUGACAAUACUUCAGGUUGUAAGGCUCAAGUCAAGUAGCACAUUCAUUUCCACUGUAUUCAGCAUUUUUUCCUUCAGUCUCAGUUUGUCUGCCAGUCUAACAAAGCUCAAUAGAUGCAAAGACUAGAGGAAUGAGAAUGAAAGAGAAAACUUAACAGAAUUCCUCUCUAAGUCUCAUCUAUUUGCUGCCAAUUUAACAAAACUUGUUCAAUCCUCAUGUAGAGGAUUGAAUGGAGGAAGGUAAAACAGAACCCCUUCAGUCUCAUGUAUCUGCUGCCAAUCUAACAAAACUCAAUAGAUGUGAAGAUUAGAGCACUGAGAAUGAAGGAGAAAGCUAAAACAGAACUCCUCCUUUAGUCUCAUCAAUUUGCUGCCAAUUUAACAAAGCUCAGAGAUACAAAAACUGACUGAUAAUGAAGAAAGCUCAAGAAUUCCUCAUUAAGUCUCCCACCAUCACUCUGCUGCCACAACCCAUGACUCUCAAGAGCUUGGAGGAGGAGAGAGUGAGGAAAGGAAGCAGAGGAAGUGAUGCUUGACUUGACCCAGACUGCUCCACUUUGCUAUUGUUGUGCUGAGUGUAAGCCAAGCAAACUGCAGGAGUGUGGAAGCCAAGCGCUGAUAGGUUACUGCUGCUAUGUGCUGAUUUUGGAGGUUGUGUUGUUAUUUCUGAAGUUUUAGAAGGUAUUAUUGUCUGUCAGUUGUAGGUCAAGUCACUGGAGAUUGUGUUAUUUGAGAAGUUUUAGAAGGUAUUAUUGUGUCAGGUUUAGGUCAAGUCACUGGAGAUUGUGUUGUUAUUUUGGGGAAGUUUUAGGUUUUAUUUGUUGUCAGUGUCAGGUAUAGGUCAAGUUAUUGGAGGUUAUGUGUUUGAGAGGUUAGAAGGUAGUAUUCUUGUUAGUGUAAGGUUUAGGUAAACUCACUAGAGGUUGGGUUAUUAGUUGAGGUUUUAGAAGGUAGUAGUAUUGUCAUUGUCAGCUUUAGAUUAACUCCUUGGAGGUUAUCUGUUAUUUAAGGUGUCAGAAGGUAUUAUUGUCAGGUAGUGUCAAGUUUAGGUAUCUCACUGGAGGUUACAUAUUUGAGGGUUUUAGAAGGUUAUUAUUGUCAGGUAUUGUCAGCUUCAGGUUAUGUUGUUAUUCGAGAGGCUUUGAAAGGUAUUAUUGUGAGGUAGUGUCAGCUUCAGGUUAACGCAUUGUAUAUAAGUUGGUCACUGUCAUAUUGCUUAUAAUUUAUUUAUUGUUAAUGUAACUGAUUUUUGUCAAUUUAUGUUCGUGAUUGGUCUGAAGUUGUGUUAAAACACCGAUUGGUCAGAUGGUCAUCAUAACUUGGUGGUUUUCUGUGGCUAUUGAUUUAUGCAAGUGUUUUGCAGUGAUCACAUUAACGUUUGUGUCCAGUCAGUUAUAUUGAGCUCAAGAUUCUAGUUUCAGUUAUUGAGUAUGUAUUAAUUACUGUUUAAUAUUGUCAAGUCUUCAUUCAAUAAGGGAUCCUACUGAAUGGUAGCCACUCAGUACACUACAAUGAACCCAAGUUAGUGAGUUAAGGAUUUGAACCCUUUAUGGAGGACAUGAAGGCGAUGCAAGGCAGCAAUAACCAUUAGAAAACCUCCAAGUUAUGAGUCCACACAUGGUAGUUACUACUAACCUAUCAGCGCUUGGCUUCCUGUCUGAUGAUGACUCAUGUAAAUUGCUUGGCUCACCCAGAUGUGAAGAUGCAAUAGAAAGGGAGUAGGGAGAGAACAUGGAGAUGCAAUAAGAAGGGAGUAGUAGGGAGAGAACAUCAGCAAGUAAGGGUAUACAGGAGAUGCAGUAAAAGGGAGUCAGAACAUUCAUUGAGCAGGGAAAUGAAAUGUUUACAGGAAUGGAUGAUAAAUGAUUGUAUGGAUUCUAGAUGAAAUAUGAUUGUGUAUGGAUAUAAGUUGAAGUCAAGUACUUGGUUUUACUUGUUGGCUCCAAGGCAGGUCCUUUAUUUUUUGUAUUUCUGUAUAUACAAGACACUGUACAAAAAACGCCUUUAUAAAAAAAAACCUUAUAAAAAAAAUAAAUAAAAAUGAAAACAAA